UAAUCGAAUCCUCUAAGAAUAAGCACAAAUUAGCAAAUUUAUAAUAUUUAUUUACUAAUCCAGAUUACAUACGUUUCAUAUAAAGCCAGAAUUUUAUUAUGGUGUUUAAAUAGCUAUUAUGUAAAUAUUCAAUUACAAUUAAUUAUAAGUAGUGCAAUAUCAAAUAAAUUUCAUAACUUCAGAAAUCGCUUUUCCACAUUAAUUAAAUCGUAUAUAGCGGUAAAUUAGAAAACCUUUAGUUAAAUUUCAUUUAUUUUAGUUUUUUAGACGCAUUGUAAUUAUAAUUGUACGUUGGGAUAGCCAUCAAUAAAUAGAUUUACAUACAAUUGAUUGAACUUUGUAACAACUGUUCAUACAGAUUUAAUUUUAAAGACAUUGUGUUAUUUCUUUUAUCUGUCAACAUUUAUGAAAAUAAUGUAUAUACAUUAUUAAAUUGAAAGAGUGUUGUUAAGUAUGCCCAAUGAUUUAUUCUACAGCAAAAUAUUAACUACAAAAAAAUCAAUUUCAGCUAUAUAAAAUGAAGCAAUUGGCUGCAUGGUAUCAGAAAAAGAUUAGUUCCUAUGAUAAAGAAGAAUGGGAAACCAUGGUAGAACAACUGUUGAUGCGUGGUACAUACCGUCGCCGAAUAGUGGACUUCUCUAGUCAUGCCCGCUCAUACCUCAUUGACGUCGACUUGGUUAGAGGUUCGUCGUUUCCAAAAGCAAAGCCGACGCUGGGCAUGCGCCGCGUUGUAUGGUUCGCACUUGUACGACUAGUAUUUCUUCCAAUGUUGUACCAGUGGUGGGCGCAGCAGACUUCAGCCACUUGCGCCAAAUUCCUUCUUUCUUUGUGGAUCAUGCAACUCCUCAACAUAUCUUUGUACCUUUUAACUCCGCUAGACAUAGAUGCCAAUUGUUGGUUAGUGCCAAUGGGCUUAAUGUUAGUUCUAAGUGUUGUUCAUUCACAAAUUGUGAGCACCACCGAAAUGGAACUAGCUAGAGUCCGCCCUCGUUCAACAUACCAUCGGAAAUUGCCCCGGUAUUUCAGACGGCCGCGGUCAGACUGUGAAGGCGGCAGUGGUGGUGGAUCAGCAGAAAGUGGCGCCACAUCCAGUCAAAGCAAAACACCUUCGUCCAAACCAGCUAAGUUCAGACGAAGACUUUCUCGCUCCGAAAUCUCAGAUAAUGGUCUAAGAAAACGCAAAAAGGACCUUACAAAAGAUAAUCUGAUAAAAAAUUUGGAUCCAGCAAUAAAAACUAAAUCGUUAAUUAAAAUCAAGAUAAAAGACUCAGAUGAUGAGGAAUACAUGAUGUGGAAGAAGCCUGACAUAACGACACCUAUUGUAACAUUCACUCCGCCACCGGACGAUGCCACAGCCAGCGUAGAAAUAAAAAAAUUAACAAAGAAACAACUAGAAACAUUCAACGUACGACAAACCCAGCAGAUAAACGUCGGAAGAGCAAUCCUCCCUGAUGGGGACGAUGGGUUUGAAAGUCUUAAUGGAUAUAUUUCCAAUGGAAGCGAUGGUGAUAAUAGAAAUAAAUACAUUGACUUGCAAAAUCAAGGAAGGAAAGAAGAUAAUACAAACACUCCGGUAACAGAACCAGUAGUCAAGUCAAAUGUGAAUAAACUUAAUGAUAUAGUUGAUAAUGCUGAAAAUGAAUUAUUUAGAAGCACAGGAGAUUUGAAAAAGGAAGAUGAUGACAAGUCUCUUGAACCCGACUCUGAUUGUGGUAUUCCAACAAGUAGUCCUAGUGUAAGAAAAAGAAUUAGAUUUAGAGGUUCCUGGCUCCAGGAUGAUAGAAGAGAAUCUAGUGAUGAUGAUUUUACUUCCGUUAAAAAAAAACAUAAGAAUAUAGAAAAUUACCAGAGUUCAUCGUCGGAUGGAGAAUGCUCCGCUUCGGCACCUUCCAUCGCCCUUCCUUCUCAUCAUACCAUGUCUGACUGGGUUGGGCAAACUACUAACAGCGAAGAGAGCAGUUAUGGCUCCCAAUCAGAAGGUGGACACUCUGACGUUAGCUUCCACUACGCAGCGGAUAGCUCUUGGGAUCCUUUCGCUUUACUAGACCCUUCUAGUGACACUGUGAAGUGUACAAUGUGGGAAAGGGGAUCAACGCUCCGCGCCGAGUUGUCGGCUGUGGACAUCAGCUGGUACGUGGUGGCGCGGGCAGAACGGGCAAUGGCGGCAGACGGCGGCCUAUGGACUGGUCUCGCCAUGGCCGCAGCGGUCGCACUAUUCGCUCCAGCCACCAGGCUCGUCCAGGUAGCAAUAGAACAAGACAACAGAAGUGAAGAAGAAUUACAGUCAAUAUCGCUCAUAACGUACAUACCGUCGCUAGUAGUGAACUACAGUCAGGGAUCCAUCUUUUCUGUAAUCAGCGGUGCUCUCGGAGACAAUAUAUGGGAAAUAUCAACGAACAUAUUAUCGUGCUUGCUCCGGUUCGCACUAAGUGAACUGGUGUUUUUUCUUCUGGCGGUAGCGGAGCGGGCAUUCAAGCAACGGUUCUUGUACGCGAAACUGUUCUCACACCUGACGUCGGCCCGUCGCGCGCGCAAGUCUGAACUACCUCACUUCAGGCUUAAUACCGUCAGAAAUAUUAAGACGUGGCUGUCAACGCGGUCUUACCUUCGACGGCGUGGUCCGCAGCGGUCAGUCGACGUGAUCGUCUCGGCCGCUUUCAUGCUUACCAUUAUAUUGCUGGCGUGUGUCAGUGCUCAAUUACUGCGGGAAUCGGUAACACUUGAGCGAGGAUGGCUAUUGGAGGCCAUGGUGUGGAGCAUUUGCCUCGGUAUUUAUCUACUACGCUUCGUGACGCUGGGCAGCAACGUGAACCGCAAGUACCGCGGAUGCCUCUCGGCCAUACUCACCGAACAGAUCAACCUGCACCUCGCUAUAGAACAGCGGCCCGAAAGCAAGGAACAACUCACGGUCGCGAACAACGUGCUCAAAUUGGCAGCUGAUCUACUCAAAGAACUGGAUGCUCCCUUCAAGAUAUCAGGGAUAUGUGCUAACCAUUAUCUAUAUACAAUAACAAAAGUAGUUAUAUUGUCAGCACUCUCCGGAGUACUCUCGGAAAUGUUGGGUUUCAAAUUGAAACUGCACAAAAUAAAAAUAAAAUAAAAUUAUAAUGAACGUUUGUAUCCAAUUUAUUCACAAACAAUACCAAUAUUAUGAAAAUAUAAUAUGAAAAAAAAAAUAUUUGUUCUGUAAAUAUUGUUUCUGUACUGAAAGUGGGAUCUUAUAAAAAUUAAGUAUCUACUUAUUUUUGCUUUAUUAAAAAGAAAUUUACUUUCUUUAAUUUAUUGAAGUAAUAAAAAUGUUACAGAUGUAUAAGAUGAAAUGCUGUUUCAAAAUACUUAUAGUAUAUGAAAUAUUUAUAAAAGUUAUGUUACUUCUUAUUUUUUUUAUUUAUGAAAUAACGCAAAAGUAUACUUUAUGAGUAAUAUGGCGUUCUGCACUAGUAGAGGGUACAUAGAAAAAUAUAGAAUACAGAAAGAUCCAAAAUAAUGUAAUUUAAGUAAUAAGAAAAUUUUAUUUACAAAAUGGUUGUUCUAUAUUCAUCCUAUGAUAUAUCAUUGUCAAACUUAUCUUUAUCAAACUAUAUCUAUUCCUCACUCAACCGAUUAUAAUUAUUUUUAUUAAAUCAAUUUAUUAUUUUAUUUAAUUACCACUUGCCAACCUGUAUAUGCAAUUGGUAGAGUUAGUAAUACUAGGAAUAAUAGAAUAAAACUUAAAUCGUAAAUGGGUAGCUGCCAGACUAAUAACAAAAGACUUAAGAAAUAAUAUCGUAUUUUUCGGUUGUUGUGCCUAGAAAGUUGUCUGUAUAUUGUGAUAAGGCCGCCCAUUGUUGCCUCUUUACCUUUGUUCUUGUAAUUAAAAUUUAUUUUUGUAUACAUAUUGUUAACUAUGUAAUCUGUAUCAUUCUUAGAGGGAAACAUUAAAGAGUUUUGAUUCAUUCGUUCAGUCUCUAGACGUAUUUAAGGCGGGAAGGGGGCAGAUGGGCCGUGCUUACUCCAAAAUUAUCUGGUACCCACUUUAAGAUCAGUAACGAAGUUUUCAAAUAUGAGCAAGGAUGCACCAAGAAUAAAAUAUGAUAAUAAAUAAUGCACCUUUUUAAGAAGCCUCGAAUAUAAUUUUACAUACACCUAUUAUUAUAAUAAACAAAUAUGAAUUUAUCAGUGACGACAUGCAUUUUAUUGUGAUCCUAAUAUUUAUAAAAUUAAACUAGUCUAAAAAAUAAUAACAGUAAAUUUAAAUUAAUUUAUAUUAUUUAAAUUUUAAAUGAAACAUAUAAUUUUAUAAAUAAUAGAAUGACAAUAACCUCUAUACCUAUAUAGAGGAUAGGAACCUCUUAAUUGGUAUUUGUUUUUUUUUUUUGUAUGUUUAUAAAUCUGUUGUUUAAAUUGUUUCUAACUUGCCUAUGACCUACCUAUAUGUAACAUAGAGAAAUCAUUUAUACAUCAAUAUAUUGAGAACUGAUUGAGUCAGUAUAAAGUUGUAAAAUAUUAUGUAAAGUUACUUGUAUAUGUUACUAAUACUCUAUUGAGAAAGACUUCUCGUUUUUGUUUUGUAUUUAUGAUCUUACGUAGAUGUUAUAUUGUAAUUUAUAAACAGAUUUUUAUAAGAUGUACUGAUCAAAUUAUCUGUAAAAGUUCAAGAAAGUCUCAUAAGAAUAUUUUUCUAUAACUUCUGCCCCGUUACAAAACUAUAUUUGAAUAAGUCCCAAUAAUAGCCUUUCAUAUAAUAUUCUGUUUCGGUUUAAAGGAUGAAAUAAAGCAGUUAAACUACAGGGUACAAAAUCACAUUAGUCCACAAGAAUCACAUUAGGAGUAUUAGGAUAUUUGUGAAGUUCAUUGUGUAGUUAUUGUAACGUUUAUCACUUAUCUAAAGAUGAAACAUCAUUUUGUUUGCCAUUCCAAGUUGCAUAAUAAAAAAAUAUAUUAAACUCACGUUAGUUGUACUCGUAUUUGGACGUUCACAUAUUACAAAAAAUAGUGGUUUUAUGCAAACGCAGACAUACCUACAUAUGCAUAUUCAGUGAAUUAUGGAUACCCAGAUAGUAUGGUAACUUAUGCGACUUUAUGAAAUAUCACUAUUUAGUCACUUUAGAGUAACGUUUUACAGUCGCAGACAACAAAUACAUAUUAAUUAUAUAAUUAAUUAUAAUAUUUAGCAUUAAUUGUAAUAAAAUCAAGAUCUUCAAAUAAACCUACUCAUGUUCAUUAGUAAUGAUUUAUUAUAUACAUUCAUACUUUUGAUCUCAUAUUACUACUAGGCGAUUAGAUUAACAGAUUUCUAAUAACUGAAUUCCUAUGAAAAUUUCAUAAUUUUGUAUUAGAUGAAUGAAUUCGACUCAUUAUUUCUAUAGUACAUUCCGUUAAGAAUGCAAUAACAAAUUUAAACAGACUGCAACUGUCUUUUGGAACUAUGUGAUUGCAAAAUCAUCUGAAUCUGAGGAAACAAUAUUUUCCUUUUUACCCGUAGUGUACCCCAAGUGACGUCUAUUUAGUACCUAUAGCAUUAAAUUGACGCUUGCCCGUCUAUCCUAUUUACCUCUUGUUACAUCACAACACCAACUUUUUUCUUGAUCUGUCUCCGGUACCUAUGCCUUGGUCUCCCUCUUCCCCUCCUUCCUUCUAUCUUACCUUUUAAUAUAAUGUUCAUAAGUUCAUCGUGUCGUAUCAAGUAUCCUAUACAUAUAUAUAAUUUUAUCUGUUCUCACAGACGCAUUUUGGACCUACAUUUUUACGCUGUUUGUCUUAUUCUUUUUUUAAUUAUCAUUUACGUAUACACAGAAUUUUUUGCUGAAAAUUUUUAAUUAUUUAUCAUCAAUCUUCUUUUGUCAACGGUGCCUGUAGCUUUGCUAGAAUUAAACGGCUAAUAUUGCAUUCAUAACACGAAUGAACUAUAGCAUUUUACAUUUAUAAUAACCCAUACCUAAAAUGUAUGCGUCAAUAUCGAAGACAUUGUGUAAUUAAAAACGCAAGACAUAAUAGAAAUAUUACUACAUAUAUUUGGCUAUUAAUUCAAUGUAUAUUCAACUCUACAUUUAUGGUACAUUAUUAUGAUGUGAUAUUAUUGUUUACCGCCAUUCUAGUUAGAAUAAUUUACAAUGUUUUAUUAAUGUUCCUAUUAUUUUUAUUUACAUGGUAUUACGUAAUAUAAGUGAAAAGUGACGUUGAUAAAUUCCUGCCUAUUUUAAUAGCAUAAUAUAUUCUUCAUCAUUAUUUCUAACCAACGAAAAUAUGUACCUACGUACCUAUAUUUUUUAAACACUAUUAUUAUUUCAAAGACUGAAUUUAACACAGUAUACAAUUAGAAUCAUUGUUAUUAUUAUUGAAAUUAUUUGGAAUCAUGUAUUUUUACGCUAUGGAAAAAACACCCUGCCAUAUUAGUCAACCGUUAUAGUGUAAUCAGUUUAAUGUAAAAGUUAGUUAAUAAGUAGUUUAAAACAAAUAAUGGUAUGUGUCUAUACAGCUCCUUUAUGGUGGAGUGCCUCACAACCAUACCUGCGAUCUAUUUUUUAUUUUUUUCUGUAAGAUUAUAGUUGUCUUUCCAUUUUUUAUUUUACUUACUGAAGUCCGCAGGUUUAUCGCUGUCAAUAGAAUAAAUGUAUAUAAAAUGUAUUAAUGUAGGUCAUUAUCUAUGUGCCAAAUUUCAUUCAAAUUCGUUCAGCCGUUUGGGCGUAAUUAAAAAAUAUCUAAACCUAUUUAUACUUCCACAUUCAUAAUAUUAUAUUAAGACAAGAUUUUAGAUUUCAAUAGGCAGGUGAUGUUAUGUAAUUUGGUGCUUGUAUAAAGAUUGAAUCGUUAAAAAAAUUACAUACGUAUGUACUUAAGUACCUAUCUGUAAGUUGCAUCUAAUGCAGCUCUAAAUAAACAAUUAUUUAUAUUUAA